GGGCAGUGGAGGGGCAGAUGAUAAUCAGGGACCAACUGAGUAGUGCCACACUUUCUCCAUUAGCGGUCGAGCCCCGCACCUACACUGAAUUUCGUCAUUGGUUGCUGGGGGCAGGUACCUCCCUGGUCUUCCAAGCUGCAAAUAAUAACAAACAAGGCUCAAACAAGGCUCUCUACUCGAGACGAUUAGCCCAACUAUUUAACUAGUCCUCACGCUUUCUGUUUCUUUCCUUUCUUCUUUUGUUCUGCUGUAGCAACCAGCUUGACAGCCGAGCUUCACUUGAGUAUCCUCCCUCCCUCGAAACAAUCUCUUCACCAAACGUCUACACACCCAGACGAACGAUAGAUUCGAAUCCUUCAUACUCUCUUGCCACAAACCCACAAGCUCGCAAACCCAUUCACCAUAUUCGCAGAAAUGUCGGAGCAAACCCAAGAAGCCCUCGUCGAUACAAGUUCCGUUGUGCGACCAGCACAGCACGAACGUCAAAAGAGUUUGGAGAAGUUGUAUGCCGAUAGGCCUACGGCUCACGAAUUGAAGGAGAGACACAUUUUGUUAGAUACAGAUGCUGCACCUGGUAUUCAAAGUGCUCAACAUGCACUCGAACAACAAAGAAUUUCGGAUAGCUUGAAGAAAAAUUUGGAGCAUCGUCCUACUAAAGAGGAUUUAGUUGAACGCAAUAUCCUCUCCUCCACAACCGCCGCCCCAGGCAUUCAAGCGCAACAAAAAGAAUUGGAAAAACACAUGCGUGCGGACAGUUUGAAUGAAAAAUUAAGUCAUCGUCCGCAACCGGAAGAGUUAAUGAAUAAGGGUGUUUUGAAAGAGGAUCCCACGAGUCCGAUUGAAGGCGGCAAUGCGAGUGCCGAGAAGAGAUACGAGGAAGCUAUUGAAGAGGAAUACGCCAAGAGAGAAGGAGGGGCUUAGAUUUACGACGAGAUUAUUGUGAUUGGGCUGAAGGGAGUUUUUGAUUUAUACGUGCGAGGGAGUUGAGUUGUCUUUAGCAUGUAUGCAUGCGAUAUGAUUGCGACAGCCAGAACAGAGGAAUACAAACGAUGAAUAUGAAAACGGGAAUAGGCAUCGGAGUGCGAAUAGGAUGGGUUGAAAUGCGGGACUAGUAUUUGCGAUUUUCUAGCAAGCAAUGAAAUAUACCACA